AUGGCAGCAGGGCGCACAGGGCUGCAGGGCAGCAGGGCAGCAGGGCGCGCGGGGCGUGCAGGGCUGCAGUGCCCGCAGGGCGCGCAGGGCAGCAGGACAGCAGGGCGCGCAGGGCUGCAGGGCGCACGGGGCACAGCAGGGCUGCAGGGCGCGCGGGGCGCGCAGGGCAGCAGCAAGGGCUGUAGCGGCAACAGCAAGGGCUGUAGCGGCAACAGCAGGGCAGCAGGGCGCACUGGGCUGCAGGGCAGCAGGGCGCACAGGGCUGCAGGGCAGCAGGGCGCGCGGGGCGCGCAGGGCUGCAGGGCGCACGGGGCGCACAGGGCUGCAGGGCGCACGGGGCGCACAGGGCAGCAGGGCAGCAGGGCGCACAGGGCUGCAGGGCAGCAGGGCGCGCGGGGCAAACAGGGCAGCAAGGCGCGCGGGGCAAACAGGGCAGCAGGGCGCACAGGGCUGCAGGGCAGCAGGGCGCACAGGGCUGCAGGGCAGCAGGGCGCGCGGGGCGCGCAGGGCGCGCAGGGCAGCAGGACAGCAGGGCGCGCAGGGCUGCAAAGCGCGCGGGGCGCACAGGGCAGCAGGGUAGCAGCAAGGGCUGUAGUGGCAACAGCAAGGGCUGUAGCGGCAGCAGCAGGGCAGGGGGGGGCGGGGGGGGCUGGUGCUGCAGAUCCCCUCCUGCCUCCCGCAGGUGCUGCAGGUCCCCUCCCCCCCUCUGCUGCUCCCGCAGCAGGGGGAGGUAGGAGAAAGGUGGGGGACCUGGUGCUGCAGAUCCCCUCCUGCAGGUUUCUGGCGCCGGGCAGGUACGGGGCCGGGCUCUGGGCAGGUACGGGGCCGGGCGUUGGGCAGGUACGGGGCCGGGCGCUGGGCAGGUACGGGGCCGGGCGCUGGGCAGGUACGGGGCCGGGCACUGGGCAGGAACGGGGGCCGGGCGCCGGGCAGGUACGGGGCCGGGCUCUGGGCAGGUACGGGGCCGGGCGUUGGGCAGGUACGGGGCCGGGCGCUGGGCAGGUACGGGGCCGGGCGCUGGGCAGGUACGGGGCCGGGCACUGGGCAGGAACGGGGGCCGGGCGCUGGGCAGGUACGGGGCCGGUCGCUGGGCAGGUACGGGGCCGGGGCGCGGGCUAA